AUGGCCACCAGCAGGUAUAUAAGAAGCAGACGCACAAUAACAACGCAAAAAAGAAGAAAACUGUAGAAAACUGGUAAACUCUUCGAGUAAAUAUAGGGAAACUAGGAACAAUGGAAGCAAAGCGCGAGAGAAAGUCAUCCCUGGAGUCUGAUUUUCAGGCCCCACUUUCUCCAUGUCCCAUUCCGGACAUAACCGAUGACGAUCUGGUGAGCAUUUCGGUGCGGGAUCUCAACCGCACACUUAAGAUGCGCGGCCUGAACCGCGAGGAGAUUGUUCGGAUGAAGCAGCGGCGUCGCACGUUGAAGAAUCGCGGAUAUGCGGCCAGUUGCCGCAUCAAGAGGAUCGAACAGAAAGACGAGCUAGAGACCAAGAAGUCCUAUGAGUGGACGGAACUGGAGCAGAUGCACGAGGACAACGAGCAAGUGCGUCGCGAGGUGGGCAACUGGAAAAACAAGUACAAGGCGCUGCUGCAGUUCGCAAUCCAAAACGAAAUUCCCAUUCCGAGCGAGCUGGAGGGCUGCUGAUUCCCCCAGUCACAUUACAAGUUUGUCUGUCAAAAUUUCAAUAAACCCCUAUGAAAACACCUGUAACUAAAGUACAAUAGUUAAUUUUUCGUUUAAUAAAAGUAAUCGACUUUCUGUA